AUGGCGGCGGGGGUCAGGAUGGAGGACGAUUCCUUGGACAUCAUCCAAAGUAUUGAAGAUGACCCACUUCUGGAUGCCCAGCUUCUCCCACAUCACUCAUUACAAGCUCAUUUUAGACCCAGAUUCCACCCUCUUCCUACAGUCAUCAUAGCAAAUCUUCUUCUGUUUAUCCAUGUUGUGUUUGUUAUCUUAGCGUUCUUGACAGGUGUGCUUUGUUCUUACCCUGACCCCAAUGAGGACAAGUGCCCUGGAAACUACACCAACCCCCUGAAAGUUCAGACGGUCAUUAUCCUGGGAAAGGUCAUCUUGUGGAUGACCUUUGAACGCUACAUUCGGUAUCACCACAGCAAAGUGAGAAACCGCGGCUACAAUCAGAUCUACCACGCCACGAGGCAUCUGAAGAGACUCGCCCUGAUGACACACUCCACCGGCAACACGAUGCUCCUCCUCCUACUGUGCAUGCAGCAUUCUUUCCCUGAGCCCAGCAGGUGGUACCUUGACCUCAUUCUGGUCAUCCUGGCCCUGGAACUGCUCUGUUCCCUGACCUGUCUGCUCAUUUAUGCAGUAAAAAUUAGACAAUUUAAUAGAGCCAAACCACAACCUGAUGUACUUGAAGAAGAAAAAAUCUAUGCUUACCACAGCAAUAUUACCUCGGAAACUGGAUUCAGGACUAUUUCAAGCCUAGAAGAAAUUGUUGAAAAGCAAGGAGACAUAAUAGUAUACCUGAAGCGACACAAUGCCCUCUUGAGUAAGCAACUGUUGGCAUUCACUUGCUCAGACCUAGCCUCUCAGCCAAGUAGAACAUGA